AUGGCAAACACCGACGUCUUAAACCCGGAUCGUAUCUUGGGCCUGGCAGCCAAAGCUAUCGGUGACGGGCAGCCGAAUCUCCAAACACCCGCUGAAGCUAUCGCACUGAUCGGCCAUGCCUGCAUGGCCGCAGUGGACUUCAGGUUGGUGGGACUCGGAGAAGACCAUAAUCUACGUUCGUUUCCUUCCCCGUAUCUGUCCAUAAUUUGCUCAUCGCUAACCUUUGUAGAAACAUCAACAGAAAGUCCCGCCCUUCCCGCAGAAUGGAACACUAAUGAUACCUUUGCCUUUCGCUACGCACACGCACAGUCCUCCAUGCAGUACUUGCUGAAAGUGAGCCGACUUGGUAAUAAUGCGGUGGUAUUUGCACUGGCCUUGGGCGAUGAUCGCACCAGCUCCUUUGACCUUCCUACCAAAGAUUACAUCUCCGGAUCUGCUCUCCCGUUGCAGUCCACAGACAAGCUCACAGAUGCCCUACGCGAGAUUUUCAUCUCUCCCGCUCGACUGAGCGAUCUCAUCGGACUUUUUAAGAUCAAUGUUAUCCAGAAACUAGCCCCCGGCUUGCACAAGGAAGGUUACGAGGAUCCAACUCGAGCACCUAGAGAACAAGCUGAAAGUAGUCAGCUUCGCGACCGCCUCCGAGAUGACUCCCUUCCACAACCUGCUCGUCCAUACCCAUUCGAUGAUCCUUUGGCUGCCGCGCCUCGUCGACCCAACCCACCUGGUGACUUUGCCCCGCCUGGAUUUGAAGACGAGUUCGAAAUAAAUCGCCCUCCGAGAGGAUACGCUCCAGGCUUCCCGGGCGGAAGAAGCCCAUACAAUAUCGGGGACCGGGAUCUAUAUCCAGCGGGCCUUGGACCUCAUGACCCGCUCCGGGGCACCAUGGGUCCCGGCUUUGGAGGAGGUGGUGGCAUGCACCCGACUUUCGACGAUCCUCUCUUCGGGGGAUCUGGUGGGGUAGGUGGCUAUAAUCCCCGUGCACCGCCUGGAGCGAGGUACGAUCCUCCUGGACCGGGCCAGCCACCGAUGGGCGGUAAUCGAGGACCGGGUGGAGGCUUUGGUGGCUUUGGAGGUGGGUUCGGCGGCGAUAUUAUCUGA